AUGAGCGUACAGUCUGAGCUCACAGGACGCGCUGGCGCCAGCGGUGUUAAUGGAACAGCUACCGAAACCAUAGUGCCAAAACGUGCGAUUGACACGAAUGGCCAGGUUUUUGAAGUGCCAGACUACACAAUCAAGGACAUUUUGUCUGCCAUUCCUAAACAGUGCUACAAGAGAGAUCUAUGGUGGUCGCUGCACUACGUGGUUCGCGAUAUAGCGGCGAUCGUGGUGAUCGGGUAUGUCGGGACCAACUACAUUCCAGUGUGGUUUCCAUCCAGCGCUUUUGCUCGUGCUGCUGCGUACAUGGUGCAGUCGUAUUUGAUGGGAUUGUUUGGAUUUGGACUUUGGAUUUUGGCCCACGAAUGCGGCCAUUCUGCGUUUUCGGCCUCGAACGCAGUCAACGACACCGUAGGGUGGGUCCUGCAUUCGUGGUGGAUGGUUCCUUACUUCUCGUGGAAGUUCUCGCACAGCAAACACCACAAGGCGACGGGCCACAUGACCCGCGACAUGGUGUUCGUGCCAUACACGCAGAAGGAGUUUCUAGAGGCCAAAAACAAGUCAAAACUCAGUGAGAUCUUCGAGGAGGCCCCCAUCGUCACGCUUUUCAACCUUGUGGCCCAGCAAAUCGGCGGAUUACAACUGUACCUGGCCACGAACGCGACUGGCCAGCCAUACCCGGGCGUUCCCACGUUUUUCAAGUCCCACUACUGGCCCACCUCGCCCGUUUUCGACCCCAAGGACUUCUGGUUCAUCAUUCUCAGCGAUAUCGGAAUCCUAGCAACGCUGACCGCGAACUACCUGUGGUACAGAGCGUACGGUGCUAACGUGGUGCUCAUCAACUGGUUUGUGCCUUGGCUCUGGGUCAACCACUGGUUGGCAUUUGUGACCUUUCUACAGCACACGGACCCUACGAUGCCCCACUACGACGCCUCGGAAUGGACUUUUGCCAAGGGAGCGGCCGCUACAAUUGAUAGAAACUUUGGGUUUGUAGGCCAGCACAUUUUCCACGACAUUAUCGAAACCCACGUUCUGCACCACUACUGCAGCAGAAUUCCCUUUUACAACGCCCGCGAGGCUACUGCUGCCAUCAAGGACAUCAUGGGCAAGCACUACCGUUACGACGGUGAAAACAUGUGGAAAUCAUUGUGGAAAGUUGCCAGAUCCUGCCAGUUUGUGGAAAACAACGAGUCCAAGGACGGUAUCUAUAUGUUCAGAAAUGCCAACAAGAUUGGCCCUAGCCCAAAAAGCGAGAACUAA